UCGGUGUGCACCUCGUAUUUUUAAAGUCAAUGACUUAGUGUUUGUCAUUAAAUACUCGCAAUCAACGGGUAAGUUGGACCCAGGAAUGCGAGGACCGUACAAAGUCACCAGGAUUUUGCCUAGUGGCCGCUAUGAGUUGAAAUUGUUGAGUGGGUCAUACGGGAAGACUACACAAGCGGCAGCAGAAUACAUGGUUCAGUGGCACGGGGAAUGGUGUCCCGAAACGUGCGCCUCAUUUUUUGCAAAUAACUCUGAUGAUAGUGAUCCUAUAGCAGGACCAUCGGGAUCACAAGGAAGCACCUGCACGCCACAGAACGUCUUAGAGGAAGACCUGUGUCUAUCAUCGAGCACUGACGAAGAUGCUAGAGUCGAGGACGACUCUACGUCAGGAUAGGCCGUGUUAGAUAUUAAGACUACUAAAACAAAGAGUGGGGCAAGGAGUGGGGAGCCAAGCCUAUAAAAACCGGGUAGUUCAUAGCAUUGGUCUUUUUCGUUCGCCAACUCUCGAGGAGCGCAGACUGUGUGUGUGACGUGUUUUGCUGUAAUCGGUUUAUUAUUAUUUUAAU